CAGCACCUAGAUAAUAAGAUGAUAAUGAAUGCAAGAAAUUUUCAUGAAUAUCCUCAGUCAGAGACAUUAGAGUACGCCAUAAGAAGCAGAAAGUAACCUUGCAUAGACUCGUGUUGUAUCGAUAAUGUCCAGAAAAAGCAUUGUUUUCCUAUGUUUUGCAUUGAUCGUCAGUUUGGCGUCUUCUGCCCUAAUAAGAGAAGGAAGAAUCAGUGGAUUCGAUAGAUUGAAAGAACCGGAGAUUGACAGAUGCCUAAGAUCCAAAAUGUGCCCAGUCACAUUGGAUUUAAGACCAACUUGUGCAUCUGACGGAAGGACUUACGUUAAUCUAGCAACAAUACACUGUUUGAAUGAAUGUUUGAAGCCAGAAGAACAAUUAACAAUCGUCUCCGGUGGUUACUGCAAAGAUGAUGCCCCUCAAGCUUCCAGUAAACUUUGAAUAGAGAUAGAAGAUAAAUGUACCUAUAUAUAAAAAGAAAUGAAUGGAUAUAAAAUAUAGUUCAUCAUUUAUG